AUGAGUUUAAGUCCAGACGGUUCCUACCUUCUCACCAGUGGGAUGGACAACAAGCUAUGUGUGUGGGACAUGCGUCCUUACGCUCCAAAGAACCGGUGUGUGAAGAUCUUUGAAGGGCAUCAACACAACUUUGAGAAGAACUUACAGAAAUGUUCAUGGUCACCUGAUGGUACUAAAGUCACUGCUGGUAGUGCAGACCGUAUGGUUCAUAUAUGGGACACAACUACUCGGCGCAUUCUCUAUAAGCUCCUAGGCCACAAAGGCUCUGUAAAUGAUUGUGUUUUCACCCAUCUGAGUCUAUCAUUGGAUCUUGCAGUAGCGAUAAAGAUAUCUACUUGGAAGAGAUAUGAAAGUUUUAAAGCUGUAAGACCUUUGCAACUAAAUUGGAAUUGA